AUGAAAAAUAUUUCACAUAGAGUUUCGAACAUGAAACCAGCGAACAAACAAAAACAAGAAAAAAAAACUAAAGUGCAGGAUUGUGCACGUAGAACGUCUCAAAGGACCUCAACUGACUCGACACGUUUCAUGGAAAUGUCUCUUGCAGCUUUGUUCUACAACAUCAUCGUGGUGAACCCACCAGAACUCAGAAAGUAUUCUCAUAAAGCGCAAUUGGAGUCAUCCACAUCACUGAUUAACUCUCGCAAGAUAAAUGAGAUCACCAACAUUAUCAACAACAACAAUAACAGCAACAUCAACAUAAAAAAUGUGAAAAGGUUGAAAACUUCCCUAGCAACUUCUCAAACUUAUUUAGAUUGA